GCGUGGCAGCGGCGGCUGCGCUCCCCCUCGGCAGCUGUUUUCGGCACCAUGCAAGGCCUCGGGCCAGGCUUGACUGCCAGGCGUCUCCUCCCGCUGCGGUUUCCCCCGCGGCCGCCCGGGCCCCGGCUGGCUAGCGGGCAGGCGACUGGCGCCCUGGAGCGGGCCAUGGACGAGCUGCUGCGCCGCGCGGUGCCGCCGACACCGGCCUACGAGCUGCGCGAGAAAACACCGGCGCCCGCCGAGGGUCAGUGCGCGGACUUCGUGAGCUUCUACGGCGGGCUGGCCGAGACAGCCGAGCGGGCCGAGCUGCUGGGCCGCCUGGCGCGGGGCUUCGGCGUGGACCACGGCCAGGUGGCGGAGCAGAGCGCCGGCGUGCUCCAGCUGCGCCAGCAGCAGCGGGAGGCGGCGGUGCUGCUGCAGGCCGAGGACCGGCUGCGCUACGCGCUGGUGCCGCGCUACCGCGGCCUCUUCCACCACAUCAGCAAGCUGGACGGCGGCGUGCGCUUCCUGGUGCGGCUGCGGGCCGACCUGCUCGAGGCUCAGGCCCUUAAGCUGGUGGAGGGGCCGGACGUCCGGGAAAUGAAUGGCGUGCUGAAAGGAAUGCUCUCAGAAUGGUUUUCUUCCGGGUUCCUGAACCUAGAACGGGUUACCUGGCAUUCACCGUGUGAAGUGCUUCAGAAAAUCAGUGAGGCUGAGGCUGUGCAUCCUGUAAAAAACUGGAUGGACAUGAAGCGCCGCGUUGGGCCAUACAGAAGAUGUUACUUCUUUUCUCACUGUUCGACCCCUGGGGAGCCCCUGGUCGUUUUGCACGUGGCACUGACCGGUGACAUCUCCAGCAACAUCCAGGCAAUUGUGAAGGAAAGUCCUCCAUCAGAAACGGAAGAGAAGAACAGAAUUGCUGCUGCGAUCUUUUAUUCCAUCAGUUUGACCCAGCAGGGACUCCAAGGGGUGGAGCUGGGAACAUUCCUCAUAAAGCGAGUCGUCAAGGAGUUGCAGCGAGAGUUUCCUCACCUUGGCGUGUUUUCGAGUCUGUCACCUAUACCUGGAUUCACCAAAUGGCUUCUGGGGCUUCUGAACUCGCAAGUGAAGGAUCACGGGAGGAAUGAACUCUUCACAGAUUCGGAAUGUAAGGAAAUCUCGGAGAUCACAGGUGGCCCCACUAACGAGACCCUGAAGCUCCUCCUCAGCAGCAGCGAGUGGGUGCAGUCGGAGACCCUGGUGCGGGCGCUGCAGACUCCGCUCAUGAGGCUGUGCGCCUGGUACCUGUAUGGAGAGAAGCACCGCGGCUACGCGCUGAACCCCGUGGCCAACUUCCACCUGCAGAACGGGGCGGUGCUGUGGCGCAUCAACUGGAUGGCGGAUGUGAGCCUCAAAGGCAUCACCGGCUCCUGCGGCCUCAUGGCCAACUACCGCUACUUCCUGGAGGAGACGGGCCCCAACAGCACCUCCUACCUCAGCUCCAAGAACAUCAAAGCCUCUGAGCAGGUGCUCAGCCUAGUGGCCCAGUUUCAGAAGAACAGCAAGCUCUGACAAUAAACCUCUCCUAAAGCAUGGGGCCCCAGCUAAGAAAAUGAUCGUUUUCAGGAGGGGCCGGGAGUUUUGUAUCUGAAGGAGUUUUCCAAGCAAA